GCCUUAUGCACAUUUAAAACACAUGAUUACUGAUUUUUUUAUUGUAUAUCAUGUUUUUGUAGCAGACACUUGAUGCUCCGACAGGUUCAUACAUUUUAACAGAUGUCACAGCUCGCAUUUACGAUAUAACCGUACCUGGAUCAGCUGUUUUAUAACUGCAAUAGGAAAAGGAUGGCUGGUGAAAAUGAACGGACUGUUGUGCUUUGUAUGGAUGGGAGCUAUCAUUCAGAAUUAGCUUUUGAUUGGUACAAGACUCAUAUAAGAAAAGAAAAUGACUAUGUCAUAAUAGUGACCUGCUUCGACAAACAUGCCUAUGGGAUUUACGCAUUCGGGACAGCUGAUUCUGCCGAGUUAGCUUCGCAACUCCAAAGAGAUAUUGAUUCACACAAAGAGCAUGCCGAAGACCUUAAGAAAAAGUUAGCUAACGAAGGUAUGAAAGGAGAAGUUUAUAUUAUUGCUGGAAAAGUCGGUGAAAAUGCAAUCAAAGUAGCCCAUGAAAGAAACGCUGCAAUGAUAGUGUGUGGUGCUAGGGGUCAUGGCACUGUGCGACGUACUAUAAUGGGGAGCAAUAGCGAGUAUAUAAUGCACCAUGCCGACAUACCAGUCAUAAUAUGUCGACAUAAACCUCACCAGAACCCUACGGCGGAACAUAAACACGAGGACAAACAUAAGCAUUAGUCAAUAUACACGUGAACGUCAGGACAAAUAUGACCAUAAAUCAAUAUACAUGUGAACGUCAGGACAAACAUAAGCAUUAAUCAAUAUACAUGUGAACGUCAGGACAAACAUAAGCAUUGAAUCAAUAUGCAUGACAUAUGUGCUCUUUUUUUUUAUAUGCAUUGGGGGACGUUUACAGUGAUAAUUGAUCGACAUUAAUACUUGUAAUAAUAAAUGCUUUUCAAUGAU